AGAAGUUAAAGAGAAAUAUUGGAUUACUAUAUUCUUUAGGCUAUAUUCUGAAAAUGUAUUGAACCUUUAGUUCAGUGGACAUCUACAGUUCCUGAAACUUGAAACUUUUUAUUUUUGAAGAACUUUACAAGAAACUGUGACAAAUAAGAGGAACAGAGUAAUUUUCGUAUUUUUUCACUAUCUCUUCACUUACACACCCUGUAUUACCUUAUUGCUCCCAGCAAACCUUUUAAAAUGACUCAUUCCGGACUUUAAACCUAAAUAUUAGGAGUAAUUAUUGUAACUUUAUGUUUUGUUGUAUGGGAGGAGGUCUUAAGGACUAAUUGCUCUGAGGAGGUAUAAAAACGUUGCAGGGGUUUAUUCGAAAACUUCUGUGCUUGGAUCAUCUAUAACGUCAAUGAUGAAAGCCAUCCUGGUCCUUUCUCUCACCAUCACCCUGAUCUCUCAGGGCUACAGUGCGUUAACCAGCGUCACUGAUGCUGAGAUUAAAUCUCUGUCUGAGACGCUGUACAGGUUGGACUCUAACAGGGCCACGGACUCACAGCUGGUUAUUGACCCGCAGGAAGAGAUCCCCGACUCUGAAACCAGCUCUCAGAAUGACCUUGCAUCACGCCCAUUAUUUAAGUAUGUGAACGAGGGUACAUUGUUCUCCAAGCCCACAUACAAAGCUCUCCUAAAUCUGCUGGAUAACUAUAAAAGGGUGACAGGAGAUGCUGAGGAUGUCCCCUCUCUGGAGACGCAAGAGCAGGACACAUUUCUUAGAGAGACAAUGUUGAACACUGAACUGGGCCGAGAGCUCUAUAAUUUCCUUCAAUCUAAAGGCGCAUACGCAUCACAGAAUGAGUUUAUCCAGGAUCUAAAGAUGAUGUGGUUCGGUCUUUACACUCGUUCUAACGGCAAGCUUGAUUCGAGUGGAUUUGAGCACAUCUUUGUUGGGGAAAUUAAGGGUGGUAAGGUAUCUGGUUUUCACAACUGGCUGCAGUUCUAUCGGAAUGAGAAACAGGGACUCUUGAAUUACUACAGCUACAGUUUUGAUGGCCCUUGGACCGCAUAUCCUGAUGUGUUGGGAAUGCAGUUUAAAUGGGACGGAUAUUUUAAGCAGGUUGGAUCUGCUUUUAUUGGGUCUAGUCCUGAAUUUGAUCUGGCUGUCUACACUCUCUGCUACAUCACUCGUCCUGGCAGAUUAUGUCAUUUGAGUCUUGGAGGGAACCCCCAAGCCAUUCAGACCUACACAUGGGACAAUAGCAGUUAUGGGGAUGGAAAAAAGUAUAUUGGCUCUGCCUACCCUGCAACACCCUGAAUCUCCUGAAUAUGAAUCAAUGUGUCAAUGCCAACACACCUCAUCUAUCAAUAAUUUUCCUUCAGUCAUAUUGAUGUUAUUUGAGGUUGACAUUGGACUAAAUAAAAAAAGUAACAGAAAAGCACCCCUUGCCGCCU